UUUUUGUAACGGAUUUAAAUAGAUGCAUUGUCAUAUUAGUCUCAUUUUCGUUCUAUUGGUGAUUCAGCAAUGUGAAGGGUGUUACUAAGUGGCAUCGUAAAUUAGAGUUUAGAAGUGCCGCCUAUCUACAAUAGUUUAUAUGGUAAUCACUAUAUCAUCAGCGGUACAAUGAUUGGUAUCCGACGAUGGGCGAUGCUGACAGCCUGCUUGUGGUUAGCGACCACGAGCGAAGCCAGGCGGAAGUUUAAGCGAGAGGAAAUGGAAAGCUCGAAAUCGAUGGAAACUGUUGAUAUGGAUGACGAGGAAUUUGAUGAGAUAGAGCCAUGCCAAUGCGGGGUGUUCAUGUCACAGCAGGUUGGCAUCAAGGAGGGGCGCCGGAGCCGACCUCGGGGCCCGCCGCAGGGCGAGCCUGUAGUCACGUACGACACUGAUAGUCCCAGCUUGCCGUGCGGUAGCUCGGGGUUCAAGCACUGCAUCAGUAAAUGCCUGGAUGUGAUACUGAAGUACCUGCCACGCGCCGGGCCAGUGAUCUGCGGCGCGGUGGAGCGCGACGUGCGGCGCGAGAAGGCGUUCCUCUUCAUCAAGAACUGCGGGGGGCAGUGGACCGCCACCAACUUCUCCGCGGGCAAGGAGUUCUGCUGCACUGACGGGCAGCAUCAUAAAUGCUGAUUUUAUAAUAAACAAAUAAACUUCAUCAUCGUCAUCAUCAA